AUGCUAAACAAGCCAUCUGGCUACGCCGACUAUGCUGCCAUUACGGCCUUCAGUCUUGCAUGGGGCACAUAUCUUCUCAAAGGAAAAGCUUGGGACAGGCCUGACCCCUACCACCAUGUUUGGUUCGAGAAGCCUCAGGUUUCAGAUGCUGCAGCCAGUGAUGGAGUCAAAGAGACUCGAGAUAUCUCACAGAAGCUUCAGGAAACAAACAAUCAGAUUGUGAUUUUUUGGGGUUCUCAAUCUGGAACAGCAGAGGGCUUUGCCCACCGCCUAGGACGGGAAUGUCACUCGCGAUUCCGGCUUCAUGCCCUGGUAGCAGAUCUGUCUGAUUACGACAUGGAGACUAUCGAGCACAUCACGAAAGAGACAUUAGUAGUAUUCAUCGUCUCAACUUUUGGCGAGGGCGAUCCUAGUGAUAACACAGCUGGACUCUGGCAUUGGAUUCGGUCUGCCAAAGCAUCUCUGAACAAUAUGCGCUACAUUGCCUUUGGACUCGGCAAUAGCAACUACAAGUAUUAUAACAAAGUCGUUGAUGUGGUCGCAGAGUCACUGAAUGCCCAUGGGGCGCAGCAGCUCAUGCCAAUUGGGAAGGCGGACGAUGCCAAAGGUGCAACCGAGGAAGAUUUCAUUACGUGGAAGGAAAAUCUAUUCGACUAUUUCAAGCGGAACCUCGGCCACCAGGAGUACGAUAUGGUGUACGAACCAUCACUACUAGUUGAACCAGACACAUCGCUCGAACUUAUCGAUCUUCACCAAGGAGAGCCCGUACUUGAAGCCAAAGCUUUGGCCGGGUCAUCAGCCAUUAGACCGUUGCUCAUCAAGGAUAUGCGAGACCUGUUCGACACCACGGCUGAUCGAAAUUGCUUACAUGUAGAACUGGAUCUCUCUGACUUUCCCGAGAUCGGCUACAAGACAGGCGAUCACCUCAGUAUCUGGCCAAGCAAUCCCAACGCUGAAGUCGAGAGGGUGCUCGACCAGCUUGGCCGCCUACAUGAAGCCGACGUGCCUGUAUUGAUCAAAAGCCUAGAUGGAUCAAAGGUCAAGAUCCCUACACCAACAACCUUAUCAGCACUGUUGCAAUACUAUUUGGAGAUAUGCGCACCUGUCUCUCGCGAAACGGCUGCCCAACUCGCCCGGUUUGCACCUACAAAGACAUCUCGCCUGUUUCUGGAGGAUGUAUCACGGAAUCGCUCGAGAUACUCAGCUUUCCUCGCAGCGACGCACAUAACUGUUGGCAGAUUAUUGGAAAUAUCGACCCGCUCUGAACCCACAACUUGGUCAUCUUUGCCUCUAGCUUUCCUACUUGACGUUUUUCCAGUGAUGAGACCGAGACACUACUCGAUUUCCUCUUCCUCAGUUGUUUCUCCACGCACACCCAGCAUCACUGCAGUCGUCUCACAAGCGACCAUCCCGGACUCAAUUGGAGGUCAAAUCACGAUUCCUGGCCUUGCGACGAACUACUUACUGGCUCAUCAUGUCAAGGACAAGAAUGGAUAUUCCCUUCUGGGUCCUGACGCCGCUCUGGAAGGCCGCAGAGUGUACGCGCAAAUCCGGAAGUCCAAGUUCAAGCUUCCAGCACUUGCAAGCCAAGCCAUCAUCAUGGUCGCGGCGGGAACUGGUAUUGCACCAUUUAGAGGCUUCAUACAGGAACGCGCUCGUAUGCAGCGAGUAGGUAAGGCUUGUGGGAAGAUGAUCCUCUACUUUGGAUGCCGGAGUCUUGAGGAAGACUUUAUCUACCGUGAAGAAUUGGCGCAAUUGCAGAGAGUGCUAGAAGACCAGCUUAGCAUUGUAACCGCUUUCUCCCGCCACGAAGGCAAGAAGAUAUAUGUCCAGGAACGCAUCCUGGAGGACAGUGAGAGGAUUUCUAGCAUGCUGAUCGAAGGCAAUGCGAAUCUUUAUAUCUGUGGCUCGGCGGCGAUGGCAAGAGAGGUUAACAAUACUAUUAGCAGUAUGAUCCAGAACGUAAAGGGAUGGACAGAUGGAGAGAUGAAAGAUUGGAACGAAACCAAGAAGAAGACGAGAAAGUUCCAGGAGGACGUGUGGGGAUGA